GAAAGUACUCGGCCCAUUGUCAAGUAGGAAGUUUUCCCUUCCGGCCGCAGUACAUCGGCGGCGGCGAGGUAGAGUUCCGGUGAGGCUAACCGAUGGCCUCCGAGGCGGCGCGGGGGCGGCAGGAGCUGGCGGCGGAGGGGCAGCGGCACCUGGAGGAGACCAUCGCCGCCGCGUUCCAGAUCCUCGUCUCCAUGAACGACGAGCUCUGCAACGCUGGCCUCUGGUCCUCCUCCUCAGUCUCCGCCGCGGCCGCCGCCGGGCCCCAGUACCAGCACUCCGCUACUCCGCCGCUGCCACACUCCGCGGACUCCGACGCCGCUGACGCAGGGGGCGCGCCCGGUCCCGGCGGGUUGCUCGACGAGGCGAGGCACCGGUACAAGUCCGCCGUGGCGGCGCUCCGGGCGUCCAUCGCCGCUGUGUCAUCCUGCGCACAGGACAUAGGAUCAACAGAAUCUGAAGCUCACCACGCUGAGAUUGAGAAAUUGGAAGAGCGUGCAUCUGCUUUGAGAAAGGAAAUUGAAAGCAAAAACAAGCAUGUAAAGCUCCUCAUGGAUCAGCUCCGGGAGCUAAUAACAGACAUAUCGAUGUGGCAGAGCCCUUGCUCGGUGUGAAAUGUAGGAGAGGCCACCAGGGGUGGAUGCAUGUUUAAGGAUUGUGCAUGCUGAUUUGCUAACCUCUUGGAAGGGGAAAACAGAUGGUAUAUGACAGGAUUGCGUGAGAAGUAGGAUGUUUUUCUAGCAAGGGUGGAAACAUGGACAAAUUAUGGAUAAGUUAUUGAUGCAGAUGCAGAUAACAUGUAUGUUGGACGCGGAUGCUGUUUUUACAUAACAGUAUAUAUAUGCAUAUCCUUUGCAACUCCUGUGAAUCUUCAAGACUAGGUUUUUGUGAAAUUUGGCUUCUCACGUGCAAAUAUGCAAUGCAACUUCUUUCUGCUGACUGAAAUUGAUAA